AGCGCUCACUCUGAAAGUCACCCUGCAUUAACAAGCCUAAUGUGGCCGGAGGUGACAAACCUGAGGAAGUUUGCAGGAUUUCGCUCACCUCCGAAUAUCUGAUAUGUAAAAUAAAUAAAUAAAAAUCUGAGCGCAGGAAGAGAGAGGGGGAGAGAGAGAUAGAGAGAGAGAGAGAGGGCAGCUGGAUUCAAAGUGACUUUUGAAGUGACAGUCGACCCAAACACGAGAAGACAGACGUCCUGCGUGUGAAUGUGCCUGCGUGUCCGCGUCUGCCAGAGCAUCCGACGAGGAGGACCGACACCGAGCGGAGGGAGAGCAGCACCAGCAGUCUGUCAAGGCUCCUCUCCUUCCAAGUUCGGCAUUUCCAGCGGGCUUCAGGGGACUGGGGGGUAGGGGGGGGACUUCCCGAUCUGAAGCUGCGAUGGAGCUUCGGAAGAGCAAUGGAUCUGUGUUGCUUGGAGUUUACCUGUGGGCGACGUUUUACUAUCAAGCUUGUCGUGGCGGAGUAUACCAGAGGAAGCUGUACCACGAACUGAUGCUAAACUACAACCGUCUGGAGAGACCAGUCCAAAACGACUCUGCUCCUAUUCUUGUGGAACUUGGCCUGACCUUGCUGCAGAUUAUUGACGUGGAUGAAAAGAACCAAGUGUUGAUCACAAACGCGUGGCUGCAACUGCAUUGGACGGAUAUUUAUCUGUCCUGGAACCCAGAGAACUACCCCGGGGUCCAGAAUCUCCGCUUUCCCUCCAAUCUGGUUUGGGUUCCAGAUAUCCUCCUCUACAACAGUGCCGAUGAGAGAUUUGAUGCCACGUUUCAUACAAAUGUGCUGGUGAAUGCAUCAGGAGCCUGCCAGUACAUCCCACCAGGUAUCCUGAAGAGUACGUGCUAUAUUGAUGUCCGGUGGUUCCCAUUUGAUAUCCAGAAGUGUGACCUGAAGUUUGGCUCUUGGACCCACAAUGGCUGGCUCCUGGAUCUUCAGAUGAUGGACGUGGACAUUUCUACAUACAUACCCAACGGAGAAUGGGACCUCGUAGGUGUGCCUGGAAAGCGCAACGAGUUGUACUAUGAGUGCUGCAAGGAGCCCUACCCUGAUGUGACGUUCACUGUCACUAUGCGACGCAGGACUUUGUACUACGGCCUCAACCUGCUCAUCCCCUGUGUGCUGAUUUCUGGAUUGGCCCUUUUGGUUUUUCUGCUUCCAGCAGACUCUGGAGAAAAGAUCUCACUGGGUAUUACUGUGCUGCUUUCUCUGACGGUGUUCAUGCUGCUUGUUGCAGAGAUCAUGCCUGCCACUUCAGACUCUGUUCCUCUAAUCGCUCAGUACUUUGCCAGCACCAUGAUGAUUGUGGGCUUGUCUGUGGUGGUAACAGUCCUGGUUCUUCAGUUUCACCAUCACGAUCCCAGAGGGGGGAAAAUGCCUAAAUGGAUCCGUGUGAUUCUACUGAACUGGUGCGCCUGGUUCCUCCGCAUGAAGAAGCCUGGGGAAGAAAAUAAACCAGCAGUGAGCUCCAGUAACCCUCCAACGUACAAGUACUCUCACUCUCCUCCACACCACACCAGCGCCACCAGCAUCCAGAUGAGCACGAUUCCAGGGCAGGCCCAGUCGACCGCGACCAACGGCAACAUGAACCUGUACUUUGGCUACCACUCCAUGGGAACGGACAACCCCGCCUUCCCACCGAGCACCGACUCAGGCCUGGUGACGUGCGGCAUCGGCAGUGAAGGGGGCGGAGGGAACCACCUGAGUGGCUCCUCCCAGCCCGACAUCCACUCGGACCACACGCGGACAGUGCUGUUGGAGCAGAUCCCGGAAAUCUCCCUCAUCCUGGAGGAAGUGCAGUACAUCGCCAGGCGCUUUCGAGACCAGGACGAGGGGGAGGAAAUCUGCAGCGAGUGGAAGUUCGCCGCCGCUGUGGUGGAUCGCUUAUGCUUGGUGGCCUUCUCGCUGUUCUCCAUCAUCUGCACCUUCACUAUACUCAUGUCCGCUCCAAAUUUCAUCGAGGCCGUGUCAAAAGACUUUACAUAAAGCUCAUUUCUUGCCACUCUGAGAAGGAAAAGGAAAAUUGCUUCAGAAAGAAUCCAAACAUGUUGGUAUCUAUACUAUAGAAAGAUCCUGAACUUCUUCUAGUUAAAGCCUCACAAGCUGAUACACUCUGUACAUAAGAUCUUAUUGUGUCGUUGCACUUUUCUUUGUGCAUUUUUUCCAAGAUUUAUUUUUCUCCUUGAGGUGGCUUUCCUAGCAUCAUGCAAACAGUAGGAUGUUGAUGCUUGAGGCUGUUAAUAGUGUAGAAACUCACUUUGACGCACUUUUCACAUUUAUUCCUACCACUCCACCUCGUUUACCUGCCACCGCUGUGACGUCACGUCCUAUCAGAAAAGCGUCCUCACAAACCUUAAUUUUUCUGUUUUCCCCUCACAUCCCUCUGUUCAUCCACCCUUACAAACUUUCAAAGAAGGAUUCUCACAUUACAGUCCUGGUCUGGAUACACAACACAAUGCUGUUUAAUUUGUUGAGAAUGGAUCGUUUUUUUUUCGCUGUUUGUUCUGUAAUUAGGCUGCAGCACCGUAUUAGUUUCUGCUUGAAUCUACCUGUGAAUUCCUUAGCUGGUAAUUCAGUCGGAUAUUGUGGAUAUAUGUUUGUUUUUUUUUUUAUUAAGUGGAAUUUCUUUAAAUGUGUUCAUGAUCCAAGUUAAAUUAAAAUUUGUUCACAUCUGGCAGUUGUGUGUACAGUACAGCGGUGAACACACUGGAGAUGGAUUCUGAAAAGACCUGCUAAGACCCCAGUAGGAGGUUGUCUGGACUUUUGUAUUUGCAUUAGUUUGGCCAGUCCUUACUGGGACAAACUGACUCAACUCAUACAUAAUUUAUUUUUAUUUUACUUUUCCUAAAUUGCACCUAUUACGCUGCAUUAUUGAGCCCAUCAAGAGUUAUAGCAGGUAUAACUACCCAAAAAUGAAACUCAGAGGAUUGCUGACUAAAUGGAUGCCUGAAUAAAAUGGUUGUUAGAGUGACUGAACGUGUAUGUUACAGAAAAAUAUGCAGACGUGUUGAUGCUCUGUUUCUUGCUCAAUGAUAUGUACACUUUUUUAUUUGUAGAUGGUGUUUUUCUCUGAUCUAAUAAUGUAAGACAUACUUCAAUCGGACGGGUGUCGUUUUCAGCUACUCUGCUUUCAGCAGAACCGGCCAGGAUGUACGAUAGUACCGGGUCCGGACAGCGCCUGAGUCUCUCUUGACUAGCACAUCAGUACCGCUGCAAGUUAAUUUAAGACCCUUGAAAUUACUUCCAACGUCUCUCUCCCGUAUCACUGCUGGAUUUUUUAAUUUACUACAUCUCCCUUUGCAUUUCCAGUCCAUCUCAUUUCUUCUUUAAGUAUUAAUCUUUUGAGUCGCUCUUUGAGCAGCUCAAACCCAGGUUCUGUAUCCACAAAUGUAAUGAGAAGAAUUUUAUCGGUGUGGGUGAAAGUCAUGCUUAAUUGUGACUAUGCAGUUUUUCAAAUUGUGAAAAUAUUUAUUUUUCAAUCCAUUUACUGACUAUAUUUAGUGCGAUUAGCUGAAUCACUUGCGUUUCUCACUAAGCACUUUUGAAGUGUUUGUCGCAUACUGUGUUAUAUUUUGUCAUAUGCUGUCAAAAACUCAUGAUAUAAAAGAAACAACUUUUGACUAAAAGACAAGGUUUUAAAUGAGUUCUGAGGAAAGGUCAAUCCCGUUGACAUCACAUUUGGCCUAAAUCUUUUGUUACAAAAAAAAAAAGCAAAAGACAAACCCUUUGCUAAUCUCUCGCAACAACAUGCAACACGGAUUACUGGGUGACUGAUGUAGAAGAUUUCGAGUAAAUCCGAUUUUUUUUAUUUUUCCCCAAUCGCCCUCUCUGAUCCUGAGUGGCAUAAGACAAAUAUAUUCCAGCUUGUCAUGCACAAAGGUGAAACUCGGAUGUGAGAUUUUACCAUGAUUGGAGAUGUAAGCGACACCGAUUAGGAAUAAAAGCAUCGUGACCCAGCACAACUGCUGCAGCAGUAGAUUAAGUACCAUUACAUUAAAUCAAUGGACCAGGAGCAGACAAAGCCUCACCACCUGAUGAUUAACAUCUAUGCUUGUUGUUUGGAUUUGCAAAUGUGCUGUCCUCUCUGCCAAUGACGGACACACUGGAAAUGUGGAGACGCGUACAGAGAGCGCUGUCAACGACCAUGUUUCAUUUUCGAUGUGACUUUGAAAAACGAUGAAGCCUGAUGAGAAGGCACUUUGAAUUUCUUCUGGAAAUUUAAAUAUUACAAUCUUUCAAAGGUAAUUUAGGUCAGAAUGCCUCGGUCUACAAGCAACCAGCACAGGUUUUGUUUCUCACUGCCAGUUUGAUGACAAUAGAAGCAGGGUAGUUGUUGAGACAUCAACUUUGGCUUUGGAAUAUGUUUUUGCAACAAAAGCAUAGAUUUCAUCCAGAGUUGAAGUUUAUCUUCAACAUGAAAGAAGGCUUUAGGUAACAAUAAAUGAUAAAAGUUUGAUAUUAGAGACAGAAAAUGCUGAACUGCCGCAAGGAGGAUGAUAUUAUUUAAUUGUAUGUUCAACCAGAAUUAUAUGUUGUUCAUAUUGUGUAUUUUUAUUUGUAGUCGGUGCCUCUCUUAUCAGUAUGCAUAAUUCUCCUUAAAAGAUGUUCACAAAACCUCACUGUACAUGCCUAUUUUAUGAGAAAUAAACAAAAACUGACAAAUAAAA